AUGGUCAGCCCGGCAACUGCAACGGUUGGUCGCCCAGUCACUCCCUCUGUCGGUGCUUAUGACUUAGUGGGCCAAAGUCCAUUAACCCCAAGGUAUGACCAGUUGGCGAUUGUGAGAUUGUGCGAUGAGGACAUGCGCAGAAUCGGUGUAGAGGUGGCAAAAGGAAUAAAUAUCUGGCUGGCGAAGAGUGAGAGGACGAAGAAUGAGAGGAUGAAGAGUGAGAGGAUGAAGAGUGAGAGGAUGAAGAGUGAGAGGGUGAAGAGGGCAAAAACGGGAGGCAUUCUGAAGAGCCAGAUGGGAGGCAAGAAGAAAGUACAUUUCGACCAAGCAUCAUCAUCAUCAUCAUCAUCUUCGGAGAGAAAUCUUGGUGUAUCUGGCGAUGCGUUUUCUUCCCUCUCCUCGUCCGAUUCAUCGUCGAUGACUAACAACUUAGCAGCGAAACAAUCGGGCGCGUGGCAAUGCUGUAACAUGUUGAACAAGAAGCAACCCAGUAAGCCUAUCGCACAAUCCGUCCCACUGUCUAUUACACCACCGUCUCUUACACCUACACCAGCCGUGAAGAAAGGCUCGGCAAAUACUGGUACGACUCUCAAGCUACAUAAGGCAGUAUCAACAACUGAUUGUGAACCGUUUAGAGCUACCAAAUCUAUAGCACAUCCCGGAUAUGUCCCCGGAUAUGUCCCACCCCAACAUAACCACUUAUACCAGAAUGAACACCCAAAAGCGGAUGACGACGAAAAUCGAACCUGGACAAUGCUGAAACUCUUCGGGAAUAAUUGUUGCAGCUACACUCCCAGCGCACUGAGCGACAAACAACGAGCGGAAGAUGCUUUAAGGACCCGAGCUCAAUUAGGCAUAAUAAGAUUUGACGCCAAAACGCAAUUAGUCGAUAAUUUGGUAAAAAACAAUGUUCCCCAAAACAUCAAUUGGUUUUGGUAA